CCCGGCCCACGUGCCGGCGCAGGCGCGGAGCCGCCCCAAGAUGUCUGCGCUGGGCGCGGUGCCGCCGGCGGAGGCGGCCGGGGGGCCCCGGGGGGAGCGGGGAGCCCGGGAGCCGCUGUUCCGGCCCCUCAGCGCCGAGGACGGGGAGCAGCUCCCGGCCGAGAUCGAGUCGCUCUGCAUGAACUGCUUCCAAAACGGGGUGACGCGGCUGCUGCUCACCAGGAUCCCGUUCUUCAAGGAGAUCAUCGUCAGCUCCUUCUCCUGCGACAGCUGCUGCUGGUCCAACACCGAGAUCCAGUCUGCGGGCCGGGUGCAGGAGCAGGGCGUGCGCUACCGCCUGGCCGUCACCUGCCGGCAGGACAUGGACAGGCAGGUGGUGAAGACCGACUGUGCCACGGCCGCGAUUCCCGAGCUGGACUUCGAGAUCCCGCCGUUCACGCAGAGGGGAGUUCUCACCACCGUUGAAGGGAUAAUCGACAGAGCCAUCGCGGGCCUGGAGCAGGACCAGCCCGUCCGCAGGGCGACAGACGAAGGGGUGGCACGGAAAAUCGAGGAGUUCAUCGGGAGGCUGAGGCAGCUGAAGGAAGCGCAGUCGCCCUUCACCUUGGUCAUCGACGACCCCUCAGGGAACAGCUUCGUGGAGAACCCCCACGCGCCGCAGCGCGACGACGCGCUCGUGGUCACCCGCUACCGGAGGAGCCCCCAGCAGGCGGCCGCGCUGGGGCUGCAGGGAGAGGAGCUGGAGGAGCCGCCUGAGCCUGCCGAGGACCUGCACAAUGAGGUGCUGCAGUUCAACACCAACUGCCCCGAGUGCAAUGCGCCCGCUCACACCAACAUGAAGCUCGUGCAGAUCCCACACUUCAAGGAGGUGAUUAUCAUGGCCACCAACUGCGAGUCCUGCGGGCACAGGACAAACGAGGUGAAGUCCGGAGGAGCGAUCGAGCCACAGGGGACCAGGAUCACCCUGCGGAUCACAGACCCGUCCGACAUGACGAGGGACGUCCUGAAGUCGGAGACGUGCAGUGUGGAGAUCCCCGAGCUGGAGUUCGAGCUGGGGAUGGGAGCGCUGGGGGGCAAGUUCACCACGCUGGAGGGGCUGCUGAAGGACGUGCGGGACCUGGUGGAGCGGAACCCCUUCACGCUGGGGGACAGCUCUGCGCCCGAUAGAACCCAGAAGCUGCAGGAAUUCAUCGGGAAGCUGCAGGAGAUCAUUGAGGGCCAGAGGACGGCUCACUUCGUCAUGGAUGACCCUGCGGGCAACAGCUACCUGCAGAACGUGUUCGCCCCGGAGCAGGACCCGGAGCUGCGGGUGCAGCGCUACGAGCGCACAUUCCAGCAGAAUGAGGACCUGGGGCUCAACGACAUGAAGACUGAGGGCUAUGAGGAGGAGACCGGGAGCCGGUAGCCCCGGUGGCCGUAGGGACCAGGACGGGUGUGGGGCCGGGGCUGCGUCCCCGGGGUGCGGGGGUGCCGGGGUGCGGAUCCCAAUAAAGCUGGUGUUAGAGCGAC